AUCACAUUCACCUAAAUAAAAUGAAGAUAAUUUAUCCUUUAUCUGUCAUUAUAAGUCUUAUUGGUUCCUGAUAUCGGACAAAAAGUUGAACGCUUGAAACAUUUCGAAUGAAAUGAAUAUCAGGAGAGGAUAUAAAUUCAACAUUCAAAAUUCAUUUCAAUUGAUCAUUAUUUCUUUUUUUUUUUUAUUAUACUUUCAAGAUUCAUAACACUUUCCUAAGAUAUAAUCACUAAUACUAGGUCUAUUCUAAAAUAUCAUUAUCUACUAUUAAAUCAUUUCCCCCCAAUCCAAUGCUACAAUACCUUCCAACCGAGUUAAUUAUCUCUAUAGCAACGUAUAGUACACCAGAGACCAAAAGCACAAUUGCACAAACUUGUCAGACUUGUUACAGAGCCGUUCUUCCACUACUUUGGAAUUAUCUACCAUUGAAGACCGUGGAAAACCUUCAUGAUGUUGUUGAUCGUCUACAUCGAAAUGAUUGGGUUUCCUUUGCUACCAAAUUUGUCCAUGAUAUCGCUUUGACCAGUCAACUCACCCACCAGUACACUUUGGAAGAUCUUCAGGGAUUAUUAGGAAUCAUAGAUACAGGAUAUGCCUAUCUAAGAGAAGAAAAUAGGAAUGAGUCCAUGUCUUUACUAUCAUCAUCACCAUCAUCGUUGUGUUCAAGCACCUCUAACACGUUUGCUACUUUUAUCUCUAAUCUCAUGCUCUACUUUCCCCACUCGUCCACUAUUUCGCUUGAUUAUUACCUUGUGUCACCUUACUUGACCGCAGAUACCACCACCAAUAUCACAAGUUUUAAAGGAGAGAUCGAUCUUGUGCACUAUCGUCCUGGCCAAACCAAGUGCCUCCACCAAUUGUUGAUAUCGUUUCCGGAAUUAACAAAGUUAGUGAUUCGCUCCUUAUCAUCCCCUUCCUUCAAGUUACUUCUACAGUCCAAACCAACAUUAGAAACUUUGACUAUUCAUUGGAAAUAUUCACCUGAUAGCGAUUAUGUAGAAAGCUUGAGUCAAAUGGCGGCAGAUACGGGUGAAUGGGAAUGUAAGAUAUUAGUAGCCUUGUCAAACAGUCCUGGUAUUCGCUUUUCCUGUAAAACAAAAUAAAAAGUUUAUGAUUACUUCAAUUUAUUACAUUUUUUGCUUUUUUCUUUUUUAUAUAUAUGAGUAAACAUCUACCAUAACAUCAUUUCAUCCAACAAUACUUGUAAUGCUAUA